AUGGAGAAAGCUGACACAUUAAGGCUGAUUCAGCACCUAAGGACAGUUAGGGCAGACAACUCUGAGUGCAGAUGGCACCUUGGACCCUGUGAGUCUGUGUCUGUUAAUGGCCCUCCUAUCAAGGUCCUGCAGCGUCUACCAAUGAUGACAUACACCAGGAUCUCAUGUCGACACGAGCUUGGACCAACUCUGGUCUUAGUUCAAAAAUCAACUGAAGGGGUGAUUGGAAUUUGUGAAGAGGAUGAGGUGGUUAUUAACGAGGCCCUGGAAGCUAACGCUGACUGCCUUUUCUGUCUGGCCACACAGCAGCCCCUGGAGAAAGCUGACACCUUGAGACUGAUCCAGCACCUAAGAGCAGACAACUCUGUGAGUGCUGAUGGCACCCUGGACCCUGUGAGUCUGUGUCUGUUAAUGGCCCUCCUGUACUGUUUUGAUGUCAGUCUGUUGGAACACGAAGAUGGAAGAGAGGUCCUGCAGCGUCUACCAAUGAUGACCGACUCGACCUACAUACCGGACAUACACCAGGAUCUCAUGUCUACACGAGCCUGGGCCAACCCCGGACUGAAGAGCGUGGUGCUGCUGGCCUGGGGGGUGACCCUCAGACAACUCAAUCAGUACCAGACCCCCACAGGGGUGAAUGGGAUUUGUGAAGAGGAUGAGGUGGUCAUUAACGAAGCCUUGGAAGGUAACGUGUUCCACUUCCUGCGACUGGCUGUUGUAGCCGUACAUGAUUUCCAUAAAGAGGAAUAUUAUCUAAAGAAAGUCCACGGGCUGGUUACAGACUUCAUUUUUCAUAUGCCACUAAAGGUAAAAGAGCUGCGUACAAGAGGAGAUGAAGCGGCGAGAAUUGCGGCAUCCCAGAGUUCCUUAGAACCUCCCACGUCACCCAGUCAUGGCUUCCAGUACCUACUGAGACUUAUCUUAAUUUCUUGUGGGAAUCAUCAUGAAAGCUAUGUGUCACUGUAUAAGUUUGUCCAUUUGGCGGGGGACCUCCUGCCCCCCUCCCUCUACGUACCCUACAUCCAGAUGUUGAUUGGUCUGUUUUAUAUUACAGGUGUCACUGUGUCACUGUAUAAGUUUGUCCAUCUGGCGGAGGACCUCCUGCCCCCCUCCCUCUACGUACCCUACAUCCAGAUGUGUCUGCAGUCUGGACCCCUGCCCCCCUCCCUCUAUGUACCCUACAUCCAAACGUUGACUGGUCUGUUUUACAUUACAGGUGUCGCUGUACAAGUGUCACUGUAUAAGUUUGUCUGUCUGGCGGGGGACCUCCUGCCCCCCUCCCUCUAUGUACCCUACAUCCAGAUGUUGAUUGGUCUGUUUUAUAUUACAGGUGUCGCUGUGUCGCUGUAUAAGUUUGUCCGUCUGGCGGGGGACCUCCUGCCCCCCUCCCUCUACGUACCCUACAUCCAGAUGUUGAUUGGUCUGUUUUAUAUUACAGGUGUCGCUGUGUCGCUGUAUAAGUUUGUCCGUCUGGCGGGGGACCUCCUGCCCCCCUCCCUCUAUGUACCCUACAUCCAGAUGUUGAUUGGUCUGUUUUAUGUUACAGGUGUCGCUGUGUCGCUGUAUAAGUUUGUCCGUCUGGCGGGGGACCUCCUGCCCCCCUCCCUCUACGUACCCUACAUUCAGAUGUUGAUUGGUAUGAGCAGUAACCCACAGACUGCCCUCUACUGCUUUGACCUUCUGAACAUCAGAUGGAAUGAUAGUUCUAAUGAUGUGCCCUACAUCCAGAUGUUGAUUGGUCUGAGCAGUAACCCACAGUCUGCCCACUACUGCUUUGACCUUCUGAAGGUCAAUGGAAUGGGGUCAGGAGGCCCAGCCAGUGCUGUUUCCUGGCAGCAUAUUUUCCUGUCGCUGAAUCAGUACUACGCCAGUUUACGUCGGGAGGUUCCUAGUGGUGCUGACAUGUCUCACAUGGGACUCCGAGGUCCCCACUCCCGGGGAAUCACGCCACAGGAACUAGAGGGGCUGGUCGUUGUCCUGAAACUGUGUCGAGUUGUGUCUGAAUAUAAUGAGAACUGCCGUGUGGCGUUCUGUGAGAACCAGCAGUGGCAGGUGGCGGUGGUGUUGUUUGGUCUGGUGACCUGUAGUAUCCCCCUCGAUCUUAAAGCCGAGAUCUUCAGGGUGCUGGCGGCAUUCGCCAAGACGCCAGACGUGGCAGCCAGUCUGUGGCAUACACUGGAAGCCUCACAGAUUUUGACCACAGUUCAGAGCAGCAGUUCCUCUCAAAGUGGAAUCCAGGUGGAGCUGGAGGAGGUGGAGACCCGAGCGGAGGAAUUUCCCAUGACGCGAGCUUUCCUGUCCUUACUGGACUCCCUCACUGACAUUCCUGUCCCCCCGGGCCUCGGGGCCGGUCUCAGGGCCCCAGGGUUUCAGCCGUACCUAGAGUUUGUCAAGGAUAACGUGUUUGAGAAGUUUUACGCCAGAAGUUACAAGAAUCCAUCAGAAAAGUGGGAGGUGUCCAGUGACUGUGUGAGGAUCCUAUGUAAGCUCCUGCGGGAGUAUGAGGUGGUGGGGAGUGACUUUGGGGAGGAUCUUGUUGAGGUACAGAUGGGGGGCGUGGUGCCCGCUAACAAGUCACCGGGUACAUCCUGA